UCUUCCCUUAAAGCCUCAGAGACAAUGUAAGAAGACAAGGAGAAAAUAGGUCAAAAUUGAAAUUAGGCAAUGGAAGACCUCAAGGAGGAUCUGGCAUUCUGGGAAGGAGUAGGGGCAUGCAGAGGUGAAGUAAAGCUUUCUAGCAAGGAGAAAAGUGUGUUAAGACUGCAAACUAUACAGAAUAUUUUACUUUCUGAAAAUUGCAAGUUCAGUAAGGCAGCUAUUGAGAUGUUGUUAUACAAAAAUACAAAUAGAGAAAAACAGGUACAGUUUCAAGGUAUCUCCAAUAUGUCCUUAUAUUCUAGAGGGCAGAGGGGAAUGUUAUACUGACCACUGGUAUGAGAAGAAAAGUAUACAAAUAAACGACAUUAGUAGGCAAAAUUAUUUAACAUUGUUACUGUGGCGAGAGUUUAUAGUAAAAGUUGUGCUUAUCUUUUCAGAAUCAUCAGUAUCUGGGGAGAGAAAGAAUGUUAAGGAACAGCAAACCAUUAAUUUUAAAAUACUUUCUUACUCUCAUUAAUGGAGCUUUCUUGGUUUUUGGACUUUCACUCAUGGGAUUUGCUGCAUGGCUUUUAUUAGAUAGAAAUAAUUUUAUCACUGCUCUAGAUGAAAAUAAUUACUUGAUAGUAUGUAUUUUUCGAAUUUUGAUUGGAACUGGAUCGGCUGUUGUUCUUAUUUGUCUCUUGGGUUAUUUGGGAAUUCACUGUGAAAUCAGAUGUCUCCUAAGCCUGUACGCAGUGCUGUUAAUGUGGGCCUUUGGUGUUCAGGUUGUACUUUCAGCACUCAUCUUCAUAAAGAAAGAGGAGGUUCACCAAGUAUGGCAUGAUGAAAUUGACUUAGUCAUUUCUCAGUAUGGAUCUAAAGAUAUGCCUGAAGACAUUCCAAAGUGGACUAUUCUGAAUACUUUACAGAAAACAUUACAGUGUUGUGGCCAACACAAUUACACCGAUUGGAUAAAGAAUAAGAAUAAAGAAAAUUCAGAACAGGUCCCGUGUUCUUGCACGAAUUCUACAUUGAAAAAGUGGUUUUGUGAUGAGCCACUGAAUGCAACUUACCUAGAGGGUUGUGAAAACAAAAUCAACACAUGGUAUCAAGCUAAUGCUUUAACAUUAAUUGGAAUUAACUUUGGCCUUUUGGUUACAGAGGUUUUGCAAAUCUCAUUAACUGUCUCUUUCCUCAGACAUAUCAAGAAUAGAAUAUAUGCAGAAAUGUGAUCUUUGGUAUUAAUUUGUACAGAAGAUUGAGUUAAUUCUCAAAAUAAUCAUUGUGUAUUAUUUUAUUCUAAAAAAACUCAUGAAUUACUUUAAUGAAGUGUAGUGUAAUGAAUUACUUAAUAAAGUCAUUGGUUAUAGGUAACAUAAAAUUAUUGAAAUUAUAACAAAUCAUUCCAUGAGGUUUUUUUUUUCAUUCUAUGAGUUUUUUAUUAAUUUUUGCUUUCUAAAAUAUCAAAAAUUAGAAAAUAUCAAAAUAUUCUGUAGCUCAGAACUUGACCUUGACUUAGUUUCUGAAUUCAGAGGAUAUCACUGCACAUAUUAAUUCAAAAUGCGCUGAAGUACCACACAAUGUUUUGAGUUUUUUAUGUAGGAAAAAUACCUAUAUGAUGUUCAGAAAGUACUAAUUACGUAAGCAAUUAUAAUAUGUACCUAACAUUUGCAAAAUUUAAUAA